AAUCUUCCCGAUUUCCCCCAUCUCUUCGCCGUCUUUCCUAUCGUCAUGCCUUCGCUACUCCUCCUUUUCCUUCUUCACUUUUCUUCUCUACUUCCCCCGUCCUACGCCGCGGCUUCAGGUGGCCACAGCAUAGUCUUCACCACCCUCGGCAGAUCCUUCUACGCCUUCGAUAUCUACACCUUACCCGCUGACGCUAACAACAACCCUUCUUCAGCGGAUGAAAUCCUAAUAACCGACGGCCAAUCCGUCAACUUCAAUGGCUAUUUCCCUUCCUCCUCCUCCUUUUCUUCCCUUAUAUCGCUUUUAACGAAUCAAUCACACUCCUUCACGCCGGAUUUGGAACUCGUCUAUGUCACGGAGAGGAAUGGAAUCUCUAGAAUCUUCUACGAUGCCGUUUUUGGUGGUACCGGAGUCAGUGCCAGACGGCGGUCGGAGCUCGAGAUUCCUCAUCGACUGCAAAUUCCCCUUUUGGAUGAGGAACAGAAAAACGAAGUUAGGGUUUCCUUCAAAGAUCGGCCGAGUUUAAGUGGCGAUUAUUUGGUGUACGUUUCGACUCACGAGGAUCCUCGCGAGUUCAGAACGAGUUGGGCGGCGGUGUAUUCAAGGAAUUUGAAAUCGGGUGUAACUCGGCGAUUGACGCCCUAUGGAAUCGCCGAUUUUAGCCCCUCUGUUUCGCCGUCUGGAAUUUGGACGGCUGUGGCUUCUUAUGGCGAGAAAGGCUGGGCUGGCGAGGUUGAAGAACUAAGUACUGAUUUAUACAUCUUCCUAACUCGUGAUGGAAGUCGACGAGUUAAGGUCGUGGAACACGGUGGCUGGCCGUGUUGGGCUGACGAGUCAACUCUGUAUUUUCACCGGAGAGGCGAUGACCAGUGGCUGAGUAUAUACAGAGCAAUUUUACCGAGUCAUGGAGAAAUUUUUCUCGAUUCAGUGAUAAUCGAACGCCUCACUCCACCUGGAUUGCACGUGUUCACUCCUGCCACUUCACCCGCUAACAAAAACCUCAUUGCUGUUGCGACGAGAAGACCCGAUUCAUCCUUUCGCCAUAUAGAGUUGUUCAACAUCGUCACCGGAGAGUUCAAGAAGCUGACAGAAACAGUUUCGCCCAAUACUCACCAUUUCAAUCCUUUUGUCUCUGCUGAUGGGACUCGUAUCGGUUACCACAAGUGCAGAGGCGACGGCAAUGGAAGAAAAAGCAACCUCCUAUUCUUCGAGAACGUUCGUAGCCCUGUUUCUAAUUUAUCCUUAUUCAGAAUUGCCGUUUCUUUUCCCUCCUUUUCGCCCGCCGGUGACCGUAUAGCCUACGCGAACUUCCCGGGAUUAUACGUCAUCAAUCGGGACGGUUCGAACCAACGGGAGGUCUUCUCAGGUGCGGCGUUCUCCACAGCGUGGGAUCCAGUGCGGAAAGGUGUAGUAUACACCAGCGCCGGUCCCGAUUUUGCUCCAGUGAGUUCUCAGGUGGAUAUUAUUUCAGUCAAUGUCGAUGAGGAGGAGAGAAAUAUCAAGAAGCUGACGACAAACGGUGAAAACAAUGCCUUCCCAUCGCCGUCCCCUGAUGGGAAAUGGAUCGUUUUCCGGUCGGGUCAAACCGGAUACAAAAACCUAUACAUUAUGGACGCGGUCGACGGUGAGAGCAAAGGUCUUCGUCGGCUCACAGAGGGCCUGUGGACAGAUACGAUGUGCAGUUGGUCGCCGGACGGCGAUUGGAUCGCAUUUUCAUCGGACCGGGAGAACCCUGGUGCUGGAAGCUUCGAUCUGUUUUUGAUCCACCCGAACGGAACCGGGUUGAGGAAGCUGUUUCAAAGCGGUUUGGGGGGUCGGGCGAACCACCCGAAUUGGCGUCCGGAUGGGAAAGCUCUAGUGUUCACUACGGACAAUGCGGGGAUAUCUGCGGAGCCGGUUUCAAAUCCACAUCACUAUCAGCCCUACGGCGAGAUCUACACUAUUAAAUUGGACGGCUCUGAUCUUCAGAGGCUGACUCAUAACUCCUAUGAGGAUGGGACCCCUACGUGGAGUCCACGUUAUAUCAACCCAGUUAACGUGGAGAAUUUAUAUGACGUGGAACCCUGUGGCUUUGAAGAUUGUCACUGGCUUAACCAAAAUAACAGGGCCCAUAAUGAUAUUAGGCCCGUCUUAACUGGGCCUCGAUGUAGCCCAUAAAACAUCAGCUGGCCCUACAAGCCCAAAACCCAUCCCUAAAUAAUGCCCAAUCAUGGUGUUCUGGCUUAUUUACUAUAGUGUUAUAUAAAGUGUAAUUGAGUUAAUUGAUAGCAUAGCUACACUACCAUAGAGUUUGUACUAUAUUAUUAACUUUAAAGUUUGAUCUCUCUCCUUGUAUGUCAAUAUGUAUAUAUAUAUAUAUAUUAGGUACCUAACGGUUGCUUUCUCUUCCUCCA